GAAUGUUAGAGAGAGGAAGGCGCUGUUCAAUCUUCAACAAUGGCGGUUCCUAGGGUUUGUUGGGGUUUGUGAUCGUUAGUUAUACUAUCAAAAUUCUCCAUGGAAAUGCCUGGUCGAAGAUCCAACUACUCUCUCCUUAGCCAGUAUCCCGACGAUCAGUACUCCGUAUCCAUCUCCGGUGCACCGUCGCCGUUUUACGAUUCUCUAUCUAGCGAAAGCACCACCAACAAAAGCAACAAUAAUAAAACGAAAUCUGAUAGGUUGGUACACGAUUGGGAUCCGAACCAGCAGCCAGCUAGUCGAAUCGGAGGCAGCAGUGCCUUUCCAUCGUCGAUCGGUUUGCAAAGGCAAUCCAGCGGCAGCAGCUUCGGAGAGAGCUCGCUCUCGGGUGACUACUACGCGCCAACUCUUUCCGUUGGGGCGGGAAGCGAGAUCGAUGCCUUGGGAUAUGGGAAAGACGAUAGCUCGAGGUUUGGGGAGCCGAGACUGCCGGCAGCAGAUGAUUUGGGAGGCUCGGCGUCUGGGAAGAGCUGGGCGCAGCAAACUGAGGAGAGUUAUCAGUUGCAGUUGGCGUUGGCUCUAAGACUUUCUUUGGAAGCUACGUGUGCAGAUGAUCCGAAUUUUUUAGAUCCGGUUCCAGAUGAGUCGGCGAUGAGGACAGCCAGUUUGGGCUCUGUUGAGACAGUGUCUCAUCGAUUCUGGGUGAAUGGCUGCUUAUCAUAUUCUGACAAAGUUCCUGAUGGAUUUUAUUUGAUUCACGGAAUGGACCCUUACAUGUGGACUGUCUGCACUGAUCUACACGAGCAUGGUCGUAUUCCGUCUAUUGAAUCACUGAAGUCUGUUGACCCUAGUGCUGAUUCUUCACUUGAAGUGGUCUUGGUUGAUCGGCGAAGUGAUCCCAGCUUAAAGGAACUGCAAAACAGAGUUCACAACAUUUCUUGUACUUGUAUUACAACAGAAGAGGUUGUUGAUCAACUAGCAAAGCUUGUGUGUAACCACAUGGGGGGUUCAGCUGCUACCGGAGAGGAUUGCUUUGUUUCCUAUUGGAGGGAGUGUAGUGAUGAACUAAAAGAUUGCUUAGGAUCGGUUGUGAUUCCCAUAGGCAGUCUGUCUGUUGGACUCUGCAGACAUCGAGCUCUACUGUUCAAAGUACUAGCUGAUUCCAUUGAUCUUCCAUGUCGAAUUGUGAAGGGCUGCAAAUAUUGCAAACGAGAUGACGCUUCCUCCUGUCUUGUUCGGUUUGGGCUUAACAGGGAGUGCCUCGUUGAUUUAAUAGGGAAUCCAGGUUACUUAUGCAAGCCUGAUUCCUUGCUCAAUGGUCCAUCUUCAAUUUCAGUUUCUUCCCCAUUGCGUUUUCCACGUCUCAAACCAGCCGAACCUGACAUUGAUUUUAGGUCCCUGGCCCAGCAAUAUUUCUCAGAUUCUCAGUCGCUUGAUAUUGUAUUUGAUGACAUUUCAGCAGCAGGUACUGCUAUUGAUGAAGAAAAUGCUGGAUUCUCUCUUUAUAGUAAGCAGCAUGAUAAGAUGAGCACAGAGAGAAAUAACUCUCGGCAGAUCUCAAUUGAAAUGUCAGAGUUAUCCCCACCUCCAAACGUUGCUCAAACAAAUGUUCAAACUAGAGGUUCUAUCUUUCAGACAAAAAAUGUUGGUAAAGAUUCAAGGAUUGUUGAGGAUGGUUUGGACAUUCCAUGGAGUGAUCUUAUCUUAAAGGAGAGAAUUGGAUCAGGUUCUUUUGGAACUGUUCAUCGUGCUGAAUGGCAUGGCUCGGAUGUUGCUGUAAAAAUUCUCAUGGAACAAGACUUGCAUGCUGAACGCUACAAGGAAUUUCUGAGGGAGGUUGCAAUAAUGAAGCGGCUGCGGCAUCCAAAUAUUGUUCUUUUCAUGGGGGCAGUCACUCAGCCCCCAAACUUGUCUAUUGUGACGGAGUACUUAUCAAGAGGUAGCUUAUUCAGGCUUCUACAUAGACCUGGGGCAAGAGAAGUGUUGGAUGAGAGGCGUCGGUUGAAUAUGGCCUGUGAUGUGGCGAAGGGAAUGAAUUAUCUUCAUAGGCGUAAUCCUCCAAUUGUCCAUAGAGACUUAAAAUCUCCAAAUCUUUUGGUUGAUAGAAAGUAUACCGUCAAGGUUUGUGAUUUUGGGCUUUCUCGUUUUAAAGAGAACACAUUUCUUUCUUCCAAGUCAGCAGCUGGAACACCGGAGUGGAUGGCACCAGAAGUUCUCCGUGAUGAGCCAUCAAAUGAAAAGUCUGAUGUUUACAGUUUUGGUGUAAUUUUGUGGGAGCUCACAACAUUACAACAGCCAUGGGGCAACUUAAAUCCAGCACAGGUUGUAGCAGCUGUUGGUUUCAAAGGAAAAAGGCUUGAGAUUCCAUGUGAUCUGAAUCCUCUGGUGGCGGCCUUAAUUGAGGCUUGCUGGGCCGAUGAGCCGUGGAAACGCCCUUCCUUUUCUAGUAUCAUGGAAUCUUUGAGACAAUUGAUUAAACCCUCCACGCCUCAACCAAGUCAGUCAAAUAUGUCAUUGCUUGCCUGAAGGGUUGGAACACCAGAAAGUCUUUACUCAUGCACAUAAUAUACAACAUUCUUUUUGGCAUUUGAUGUUUGGCCAGAAUACAAGCUUUUAGAUAGUCAAGAAUUAUUGCUGUACAUGUCUAUUCUCAUAGCUGAUUGGAAAGGAUCCUGAUUUUCACUAUAUCUUAAGGAUUGUGGUAAUUUAUGCUACUCAUCCAAGCAAAAUUUAUUUGUUUUUCCAAGUCAUUUGUACCAUUUGUGUGGGGAAAAUGAUGUAUGAUACUGUGUCCCCUAAUUUUGUAUGUAAAGAUUGGUAACUAAAAUUAGUCAUUCUGAAGCAGCCCAUCGGCAUUGCAUUUCACCUGAGCUGUGUUCCAAACUAGCAAAAAGUUGAUACAGCUUUGUCAAUUAGUGAGCAGGUUUCAAAUUUAUCACUGACAUAGCAAAGCUUUAAGAAAUGGUCAAAACAGAAUCACAAAGCUCUUCUUUUCCAUGGCUUAAUUGUACUCAGGUAUUGCUUAUUUUACUACUGAAUUUGUGGGGUACUAAGAUAUAUAAAAGAGUUUUCUCUGUCACAAAUUAACCAGGAAUCUUUCAACUUUUCAUGGUACACUGAUUUUUAUUGCUACGUAUUUCAAGAAUAUAGAGAGUUGAUAUUUUCUAUACCACUCUGCUGUAGAUUCUAUAUACCAUUUUCCUUAAAAAUAAAUUGCCCUGUGAACU